AAUCUGCGAAAGACUUGGCCAAAAUUGAAUUAUACCGGAGCUUUAUAAUUUUGAUAACAGUGAUAAGAAAUUUGAACUUUUCAAAAAAUUGUACAGAAUUGUGGAAGUUGGAUGUUUGAAGCGAUUUUAUAGAACUAUAGUUUCUAAAGGCAAAAUGGCACAAAACUCUAGAUUGAUUCGAAACCUGUUAUACGAAGUGAAAGACGCUACACUCGAUAAGAGUAUCAAGAAUUCAGUAAUUGGACCUUAUAUCAUGGAAUUAUGCAAGAAAUUUCAAGUUACCGAUGCUCAACUGUGUAGAAAACAAGAUGAAAUGGUGUAUUUAGCAGAUACGUAUCGAUGUUAUUUGGAGAGCUCUCGACGUUAUAAAGAACUAUGUGAAAAAUAUCAAGGUAGAGGUGAACGUAGUAUUAAACAAACUGCUGAUAUGGUUGGGUUCAAAUUACCUCAUGAUCCCAAGUAAUGAAGUAAAGUAAACUCAUGUUGUACAUAAGUUUAAUCCAAAGAAAGUUUCGGAUGUGUCUUGACUCUUGAGAAAAGAUGUAGGUAGUCGAAAAGGAACUUUCGUUCUUAAUUCUUUUGAUAUAAAAAUCGUUAAUUUGAGAUUGGAAGUAUAAAAAUCUAUUACAUUUGGGAUAUUUUUUAAAAUCCACUUUUGUUCAACUUUUUUUUAGAACAAUAAUGUUAGUAGAAGUGAUGUUUUUUUUGUUAUAAUAAUUGCAUUCAUUUACUAUGAAUAAAUGUUUAAUUUUUUCUA